AUGAAAAUUACCUCAAAGACUGAAAUGAAUAACCGCAGCAGUAUUAGUACUGGCUCCAACAGUUCUGAUAAUAAAACUACUACCACUGCUGAUAUCAAUACUGCUUCUCCUGUCACUCACCCUCCAAAUAUGAUUAUUAAACCUAUAGAUAUUGUAAUUGCAGCAUUCGAUUUUACUUCAAAUUCUAUGUCCACCUCCGGUAUAAACUACUUAUAUUUUAAAGAAGGUCAAGUUAUAUAUGUAUUAAACAAAGAUAACAAUAAUUUAUGGUGGGAUGGUAUUAUUGUAAUUAACAACAAUGCCAACGAAGAUCUAAUUAGGGGUUGGUUUCCAGGUAAUUUUACAAAACCACUCUAUAAUAAUAAAAAUAACAAUUUCAGUGCCACUAGUAACCCAAAUUUGCAUCAUCAUAAAAUUUCUUCGAGUCUACACUAUUUAUCUAAAUACAAAUAUGGCAACAGCACUAGUAGAAAAAAUUCCAUAAUAUCCAAUAACUCUAACGCUUCCUCUUCUCAUCAUUCGUCAUCAUCUCAGCAGCAGCACAAUAAUCCCAUCAAUACUACCACACAUACAAAAUAUAGAGAAACUUCACCAUUUUCUACUAGUUCCUCUUCUUCUUCUUCUGCAUCCCUUCCUGUAUCAGCUUCUAUUAAAAAUAAUUUGAAUAGUAGUACGAGUACUAAUAUUAACACGGAUAAUACUUCCAAGAAAAAUGACAGCAAUCAAGAGCAGCACAAACAAAAAAUGAAAAUAUUAACGGAAAACGAGAUUAGAAAUUUAAUUUCAAAUUUAUCACCAUCUAUAGCAAACACUACUCUAAAAGACAAUACAUCGCUAAUGUGUGGCGGCGCUAGUGUAAACAAUAAUUAUAUUGAUAAUUCUGGUAUUAAUUCUGGCUUUAGUAAAAGUGACAAAUAUAAUGAUACUGGGAGUAAUAGCAGUAACACUAGCAAUGCUCUUUCGGGCAUGAAUAAUCCCGUGCUAAUUUGGGUACCUGUACCGGUAAAAGAAAUAUAUAACAGCAACGACAAAAGUAAUGAUAAUUUUGGUGGUACAGGAUAUACAGAAGAUGGCACCAAGAAUGAAAAAAAUACCAGUUAUUCUUCACCGAAAAUAUUAUAUUAUAAUAAGUUAUUAGACGUUUAUUGUAAAAAAUUGCCAUUUGUUGAUUAUCCAGAACUUAAUAAUAAUUCUUUAUUCCCCACUGAUGAGAAUGAUGUAGAUUUGAGUGUUAGAUUGUUAACUAAAGACGAAGAUGAUAAAUUAAAAAAAACAGGAAAUGCUGACCACAUAAAUAGUGUUGAAGAUGAUACCAAUACAUCUGGCCUAAAAAAAGAAGAUCAUGAUAAUAAUAAUAACAACAACAAGGACAAAUCUCAAACUGGUACUGCUAUAACUACUUUUAACUCGGAAAAUGUAUUUUUGUUUGAUUCGUCACACUUUUAUUGCGACGAUGCAAAGGAUAUAACUUCAUGGUCAAACUUACACAGUCUAAUUUGCUUCAAUUUAAAUAUGGCCCAGCUACAUAUUACGAAGGAACCAUCUUCAUAUAUGUUCCAGUAUCAUUUAAAUUUGGUCUCUAAAUACUCUCUAUAUUUCCAUACAACAGUUAGACUUUUACAGAAACAAAUAACGAAGGCCAAAAAAAAGGAAAUUAAAAAACUAUUAAAGAUAAUACGCCGCAGUUUUUUCAUUAUUAGUGUUAAUGGUUAUUUGUAUUUUAACUCCAAUUAUUAUAAUGACCACUUUAAAUGUAAUAAGAAUACGUUUUCAUCGGUACCCUCCAGUAAAACCGACCAUACACAUCCUUGUCAGCAUGCGGAGCAUAGAAAUAUAACAAAGGAUUUCAAUGAUAAUAACCGCAUGCCUAGGGAGCCUGUUUUAGAAAGUCAUCAAGGACUAAACCAUGAGACGCAUUUUUCUAAUAAUGAGGAAAAAUAUGAGCAUAAUGAUGCUACCAUUAACACCACUGACAUGGAUGCCAAUGGUAUUAAAUCUUCUAAAUUUUCCUCUUCCUCGUCGUCUCUUUCAUCCUCAUCGUCUGGUGGUUCCUUUUCUAAUUUUGUGGAUGCGAGAUCUGGAUCUGAUUUAAGACAUUUCAAUGAUUUUGAUACUCAGGCGAUUAAUACUUCAUUAUUACUGUCCAAAAGUGCCAGCAACAGUGUCGAAUACCCUCACUAUGAAAAUAAAAAGUUUUCUACCUCCACUAUCGAGACUCUCAAAAAUAGCCAUGUUCAUUCAAAUGAUAAUAACAUCAAACAUAGUGCUAGUGGGAAUGCCAGUUUUUCUAAUAGUUCGACACUAUCGACCACUCAUGGACUUAACAAUAACAUUGGAUCUAAUUAUAGUUCUACGACAGCAACUCCAUCACACACUACCAACAAAAACCGGAAGUAUAGCAACAAUAUUGCUAACGGUGGCAUGUAUUUCCGCAGGAUUAGCGGGAGUAGCAGUUCAUUCUCACAUCCACAUCUACUAAUUGACGAUUUGCUUAAAAGUGUAUCAGAUGAGUUUGUAAAAUUUCAAACUGCAAAUACACAAUUGUAUAAAGUUAUGGUUAUUAUCAGUAUUCCUGAAGAUUCCUCCAACACAAGGAACCCAGAUAUUUUAAUUCCACAGAUUUUACCGAGGUUUUUCAAGAAUGAUUUUUCGGGCGGGUCUUGGAAUGAUCCCUUUUCGAAAGAUAUGGAUAGGACCGGCAGUACCAACUGCAGUAGUUAUAUUCCAUUUAAGGAGAGUUUUUUCAAUGCUAAGCAUAACACACCUUAUUCUAAUAAUAACGAUCCUUUAGGUUCUGAUGGAGUGUGUGGUGCCGGUUUAAGAAGAGAUAAAAAAAUUGGUGAUAACAAGUUAACAAAUCCAAAUAGAAUCAUAUUAAAUCAUGAUCUAUUAAAUAUUUUCAAAACUAAAUACGGCCCAACAUUGCUUUCACAGGAUGAGUUUUUGUCCAUUAUGUCAAAACCUAGAAGUACGGAACGUGAUUUGGAACUUACUGUUUAUAUAAGGAAUAUUAUUUCUACCACCUCUGAAAUUAUUUUUUUUUUAGAAAACUUGGACAUUUCAUUUUAUACCAAAUUAAGAAAUUUAGAUGUUAAAAGAUGUUACUCCUCCACAUCUGCUACUACCGCUAAUACUACCAUCAAUGAUGAUAGUAAGGCGAACGAUGGUACCAAUACACAUAUGAGUUCAAACAUGGGUUCGACUUAUGAUAGCACUAGAAAUUCUUUUUCCUCAAACACAUCCGUCCCUAAACAUCAAAUCAAUACAAAUGCAUCUAAAGAAGAAGCUAAAAAACAGUUAUUCCAUCCACAACAAUAUUACAAGAAUACAGACACGCCAUCUGUUUCUACGGCAUCCUCUUCGUCUUCUUUCUCCUGUUUGCAACAGCCAUCUAGUGCUGACACAAAAACAGCGCUGGAGCCUUCUCCAUCUUAUCAAACGACAAGUACGAGUAGUUUUAGUAACAUUGGGCAUAGUAUUAGUAAUUUAUUUAGGUCAACUAACACCUCUAAAACUAAUAAUGCUGCUAGUAAUAAUGCUAGUGGUGUCAAUGAUGAUGCUAAUUGUGGUGAUGGCAAAGGUAAUGAUACAAACAAUGCCAAUGACAGUAUUGAUGAGAAUUCAACUCCAGAAGAUCAAGAUUAUUUGGAAUUAACUAAAUGGAAACAGCAGAUGUUAGAACUUUUAAGUGGAAUUAUAAUGGAUUUUUGUGAAGUGAAACAGGCCUUUCAUGAUGUUGUUAUUAGAGGUGUUAUUGAUGCCCAGAAUAUUACGCUUAAAGAUCCUUAUACUUUUUCUUCUAUGAAAGGUGAGUUAAGUUAUGACAGUAUUUUAAGCGCCCACAGGUUGUCUGAAGAUAUUCAGCAACGUUCAAAUUUUAGGUAUAAUAAGAUCAAUAACAGUCAAAAUGCUACAAGCAACGUAAAGUAUCCUUUAUUAUCGCAUACAAAAAUAAAUACCACAUUAGCUGUACUUGCAGGUCACCGAAAUGAUAGCGCAUUUCUACAACGUAGAAACUAUAGACAUGCAAAAAGGGAUAAAAUCACAGAAGAUUUAAAAACCCAUUUAAUUAAACAGGAUGUGGAGACCAGUGAUUCCGACUUUUGGGAUUGUGAUGAAAGUAUCAAAAAGUUUUAUUUUAAAUUACUUGACAUCUAUUAUUAUUGUACUACUGUUUUGGAGCAACUAGUUGUUGCCAAAGAAAAUUUUUUAAACAAUGUUUUUAGAAAUAUGAAUAAUGAACUAUUAGCCUCUAUUUUUAAAUAUGAAUUUGAAGACCAACAAUUGCAACAGCAGCAGCAACAGUUACAACAUCAUCAAUUGAUUGAUGAUGAGAUUGAUACCUUUUUAUUACACAAGGAUAUAAUUUCAGAAGAGGGGGGAGGAAAAAAACCUAUGGGUGGUACUUCUAUUUUGAUUAGGGAGGACCAACCAUGGUUUUUACAGAGUGAUUAUGAUUCACAAUUAAUUUAUGAUGACAAGGGUUUUAUUAAAGCUGGUACUAAGGAGGCUUUGAUUGAACAUUUAACUAGCCAUAAAACUGUAGAUCGCUUUUUCAUUGUUGUAUUUCUGACUACUUUUAGAAGUAUGCUCACUUGCAACGAUUUAUUGAGGUCUUUGUUGGAACGCUAUAAUCUACCACCGCCUGAGGGUCUAAGCUAUGAACAAUACAACUCAUGGGUUGAAAAAAAAAUGAUUCCAAUUAAGGAGGCAGUGAUGAAUGUUGUAUUGAUAUUCUUAAGUGAUUAUUGGUGUCCUGCGUAUUACGAACCUGGUGUUGAAGAUAUUAAAAUAUUGGCUGAUGUUGCCCUAACCGAAAAAACCAAACAUGCAGAAGAAGUUGCCAAAUUAAUUGAUGAGAAAUUAAUCAAGUGUGGAUACAGUAAUAAAAACGGAAAUCAUACUGAUAAAAAUAGUAAUAUGGGGGAAGACCAUCCACAAAAAUCUUCCACUGCUAGCGUCUUAUCUGGUGGUUUAUCAUCGACACCUAGUGUAGUAUCAUCCACAAAACUAAAUCUUCCCCUGAAUAAACCAUCAAAUUCACCAAGCCCACAUUCUAUGGGCACGAUUAAGUUAUUAGAUCUGUCACCAAGCGAAUUUGCUGAACAAUUAACCGUCAAAGAGUGCGAAUUGUAUUCUAAAAUAAAUACUUUUGAAUGUUUGGACAGAAUUUGGGGUAAGAAGUACUGUAGCUUUGGUGGCUCGCCCAAUAUUAAAAAAUUUAUUAGCACUUCUAAUCAUUUAACCAACUAUGUUACUUUCCAAAUUGUUAAGUUGACUGAUAUUCAGAAAAGGUGUUCUACUAUUGAAUUUUUCAUUAAUACUGCUGUUGUUUGUCGUAGUUUAAAUAAUUUUUCUUCAAUGACUGCUAUUAUCUCUGCGAUGUAUUCAUCUCCAGUUUACAGACUAAAAAAUACUUGGGAGUUAGUCGAUAAGAACAUUAAGAAUAAAUUAUCUGAAUUGAAUGUUUUAAUGGAAUCCUUUAGAAAUUUUGCCAGAUAUAGAGAAGUUUUAAACAAUGUCACCAAAUCUAGCGAACCGUAUAUUCCAUUUUUAGGUGUUUAUUUAUCCGAUUUAACAUUUAUUAGCAGUGGUAAUCCAGAUUAUUUAAGAAAUUCACAAAACCAAAUUAUUAAUUUUGCUAAAAGAAUUAGGAUUACAGAAAUUCUAAAGGAAAUCACGAAUUGCAAAAAAAGAACAUAUAAGUUGAAUAAGAAUACGCAGCUUCUGAAUUUCAUUGAAUCAUAUUGCUGUAAUAAUACCGAUUCCAACGGGAAAUGUAUUAUCCCUGGUAUUGAAUUGUUGUAUAACCAGUCACUAAUUAUUGAACCAAGAGAUAAACAACAGAAUAAAUCAUUGAUAAACAGUACAAAUAAGAAUUUUAAUCAGUCAACUAAACAUCAGCAAUACCAAGAGGGGUCAGGUAUAUGUGAUGAAUUAGGUGCUGGGUCCGUACCGGAUAAGGACCAAAAGAAGAGUAUUGACAAACAAAAAAGUCAUAUAAAAAAAUCUGCAAAAAGACUAUUAUUUAGUAAUAAGAACAAAUGA